AGCCUGAACGGCAACUCCCAAAAUAGCAAUGCGAAUUCGGGAAGCCUCAGAAAAAAAUGGCUGAACCAGUUUUACCAAUAACUCAACAAGUAAAUUCAGAACAUCGGGCAAUUAGGACCCCUUCUGUCGAUUUUCGUCUUGAAGACGUCGAAGAUUGUUUAAUUUACGACCGACAUGGAGUCUCUGAUCCGUUCAAGAAAUUAUAUCAAGACAGGAAAUCGGUCAUAAUUUUCGUGCGGGUAGGGAAAAACUUUGUUUGGCUUAACCUUGCUGACGACUCAUGGGCUACACUGCCUGGAGUAAAAUCAUUAGAGGCUAAAGUUUAUAGGUUGAGCUUCAUAAAUGCAUCACUUUAGGCAACAGGUAAGCAUCAGCUUUGCUGGAAAGAUGCCCCAACAGCUUCCCAUGCUAUGAUGGCAAUGGAGGAAUGGAGAGAUCAUGUCAAAUUUCUUGUGCUACAGCUGUAAAGAAUAUGUGGAGGAUUUGAGCAAAAUACCUAAAGAAGCACUGGAGGAUGCUGACAUUAGACUAGUUGUGAUAGGCCAGUCUGCUCACCAUCAUAUAGAGCCUUUCUGCUCAUUGACGGGGUAUCCUCAUGAAAUAUAUGUGGACCCAGAGAGGUGCAUUUAUCAAAAGCUUGGGAUGAAGAGAGAGGAGAAAUUUACGGACUCAGCCCACCCUAGUCCCCAUGUGAAGUCUGGUAUCUUUAUGGGACAAAUGAAGAGUAUAUGGAGGGCCAUGACUAGCCCUGCAUUUGACUUCCAGGGUGACCUACAUCAGCAAGGUGGAGCCAUCAUUGCAGGACCAGGCUCUCAUGUUCAUUUUUCCCAUUUUGACAUGAACCGUCUGGACCACAUGCCCAUUAACUGGCUCCUGCAGCUCGCCGGAGUUCAACAGACUCUGGACUUCAGCGAUAAGCCAAAGAUCGUCCAUGUGUAACCAGCUGGCCACCUUCCUCCCUCUCCCCACAUCACUGUUUGGGCAACAUCAUUCUCUGUAACAAAUAUAUGUGGACUCUACUGUUUAUCAUGUCUGUACUGGGAAACUGCCUUGCCAACAUCUUGGAUAGGUCUGAAAUGUACAGUCUAUGUUGAGUGUGAAAAUUCAUUCUUGACGUUGGAAACCGUAUAGUUUGACAAAAAUCUUAACUCAGUGUCUUCUUCCUAAACCCUUUGUCUCCUUGUGAAGCACACGUAACAAUUAACAAUUCUUCUCCACCGCUGUUGGUUUUGGGACGCUUAACUCAAGGUCUUCUUACUAGCUUUUUCCAGAGCUUCCAAUCACAUUUCAUGGGCUGAUGAAGGUAAAAGCUCUGAACAAAGCAAACUAAGCAAUUCUGUUCUGCCAAUAAAGAACAUGUGGUUAAAAAAAAAAAAAAAAGUUGUAAGUUGUCCUUGAGAUAAGAUUGUUUUUGUCAAAAUACACCCUGUGGUGUGAAUGUGUGUCGUUGAGUGUAAGAGGGAUAUGAAUGCAUUAGUUUCAUUUUAUACAUGUUCUAUCAGUUACGUCUUAUGUUGUGCAUUUAUGUUCUUAUACUUGUACAGUAUGAUUGCAUGGUUAAUAUUUAUUAACACUUAAUAACAACUGGUGCCCUUAGUAAUUGGCCCUAUAAUAGAGUCUUCUUUUUAUAUUUCCCUCAUAGCCACAGUAUUUAUUGCAAGUAAAGUUGUAUUGCUAUUUCUA